AUGCGAAUCACGCUGGAGGUCAAGAAUAAAUGGGGCCUAAUUGAUGGCAGCAUAGCGGUUCCAAGCAGAGAUAGCGCUCAAUAUCCAGCAUGGCGUCGAUGCAACCUGUUCGUCUGUUCAUGGCUCUUCAGAUCUGUACACUCGACGAUAGCACAGAGCUUGAUGCAUUUUGACAAGAGUAGAGACAUUUGGGAAGACUUGAGAAGACGCUUCUUGCAAUAUGACGCUCUAAGAAUUUCAAUCCUGCAGAAUGACAUAUACAACCUGAAGCAACAAUCUCUCUCUGUUAGCGAUUACUACACAAAAUCGCGCACUCUGUGUGAGGAACUGAAUACGUUGAGGCCCCUUCCCAUCUGUAAGGAGAGAGAUACGGAUCAGGUAAUCCGGUUCUUGCAAGGUUUAAAUGAAGAUUAUAAUAACCUUAAAUCAAACAUUCUUGUGCUGGAUCCACUACCUGAGAUUUACAAAGUUUUUGUGAUGGCUGAGAAGUUAGAGAGGCAAAUCAAUCUAACCAACUUGAGCUUAGGAAAUAUGGAAAUUAACCAUGCUAAUGCAGCACACACCAAUCAGUCUGUUGGUGAGGAAACUACAGCAGCAACACUAAACAACUUUAAUGACAGACGAAGCAAUGUUAACAAGCCAAAAUGUACAUACUGUAGGAUGAUAUGA